AUGGCCGAGGACAAGCCGCUCUUUCAGUUCGACACAAAUAGUGGGCCCGAUCCGCACCACCCUGAUAAACAGCAUCAGCGGCAGGCGCGUAGCGGAUUGUUUCACCUCCCGCAUGGCCCACUGCGCACGCCUAUCUUCAUGCCGGUUGCAACGCAGGCAGCACUGAAGGGCGUAACGGUGGAGCAGCUAGAGGCGCUCGACGUGGAAAUUAUUCUCGGCAACACGUAUCAUCUGGGCCUUAGGCCAGGUGAAGACAUCCUUAACGAAGUAACGCGUCGAAAGAACGCCCAGGAGAAAGAUGCUGUACCCGGUGCAAGCAGUCCACAGGGAGCACAGUCAUCGCGUAUUCGCAAUAAUAUGGAUGGAAUUCACUUCCUACAGGGCUGGCGGCGGAACAUCCUCACAGACAGCGGCGGCUUUCAGAUGGUGAGUCUCCUGCGGCUCGCCAAGAUCACUGAGGAGGGCGUGCGCUUUCAGUCGACGCACGGCGGCAGCGGUGGUGGAUCCCGUCUCGGUAGCGACGGUGGCAAUUCUGACACCCCCGCCGGCCCCAAUGGGUUUGACGAGUAUACGUUGCUCCUGCGACCAGAGGACAGCAUCCGCAUUCAAAACGCCAUUGGUGGUGACAUCAUGAUGCAGCUCGACGAUGUCGUACACGUCCUCACAACCGGGCCCCGCAUGGCGGAGGCUUCGCGCCGCACUGUGCGCUGGUUGGACCGCUGCCUCGCCGCCAACAAUAACCCGGAGAAGCAAGGCAUUUUCGGCAUUGUGCAGGGUGGCCUCGACGCGACACUGCGGGCGGAGUGCCUUGAAGAGAUGGUGAAGCGUACUGCCUGCAAGGGGUACGCCAUUGGCGGUCUCAGUGGUGGCGAGGCGAAGGAAGACUUUUGGCGCGUUGUCGCGCAGUGCUGCAAGGGGCUCCCAAAGGACAAGCCGCGGUACUGCAUGGGCGUGGGGUACCCGGAGGAUAUCAUGGUGUGUAUCGCACUUGGGGUGGAUAUGUUUGACUGCGUGUACGCCUGCCGUACCGCACGCUUCGGUUCUGCGCUGACGUCUGUGGGAAAGCUUCAAGUGUCAAAGAAGGCGUUUGCCGAAGACAUGGGGCCGUUGGAUCCUGCCUGCAGCUGCGCCACCUGCAAGACCUUCACCCGUGCAUACCUCCACCUAGUAGCAACGAAGGAAUCUAUCGGCUCGACCCUUCUCUCUUACCACAACGUGGCGUACCUCAUCAGCCUGACCCGUGGGGCGAGGGCGGCCAUCGAGAACGGGACAUUCACCGAGUACGUGCAGAAGUUCUUCGCGUCGUACUAUCCCAAGGGGGACUAUCCGUCGUGGGCAGUGGAUGCCCUGCGCUCAGUCGGCAUCGAGCUCCUCUACUAA